CGUCUGCUGUUGGAUAUUGGUACUAAUUUAAAGCAUGGGAAUAAAUGUUUCGUAAGCUUGUAAUUUACUUUAUAGAAAUAUCAAAAUGUGGCGUUUACAAUUAAAUUAUUCACAAUUAUUAAAAUUCCGGAGAACCUUUAACAUGGUGUAUUCUGGAUAUGCAACAUCAUCAAAUGUUAUCCAUAAAGAUGUUGAAGAUAUAAGAAAUAUUGGUAUUUCAGCACAUAUUGAUUCAGGAAAGACAACUUUAACUGAAAGAUUACUUUUCUAUACUGGGAGAAUAAAACAAAUGCAUGAAGUUAAAGGCAAGGAUCGUGUUGGAGCUAAAAUGGAUUCUAUGGAAUUAGAACGUCAAAGGGGAAUUACUAUACAAUCUGCAGCAACUUAUGUUAAUUGGAAGGAUACGAAUAUUAAUAUAAUUGAUACACCUGGUCAUGUGGAUUUUACAGUUGAAGUAGAAAGAGCUCUUAGAGUAUUAGAUGGUGCAGUUCUUGUGCUUUGUGCUGUUGGUGGAGUGCAAUCUCAAACAAUGACUGUAUCUAGACAAAUGAAACGCUACAAUGUUCCAAAUAUAGCAUUUAUUAAUAAAUUGGAUAGAAUAGGUGCAAAUCAUUAUCGAGUAUUAUCCCAAAUGAGAUCAAAAUUAGGUUAUAAUUGUGCUUUGUUGCAACUUCCUAUUGGAUUAGAAGGAAAACAUGAAGCUGUAGUUGACUUGAUACAUAGAAAAGCUUUUUAUUUUGAAGGUUCAUUUGGUGAAAUUGUAGAAGAAAGAGAACCACCUUCAAAUAUGAAAGUAGAAAUAGAAGAAUUGAGACAAGAGCUGAUAGAACAUUAAAAUCAAGCAUCUGAAAGGUUAUAAGAAUUAAUGGUUAAACCAAAAUUUUUUAUGGAUGAUGAAAUAAAAGCAGCUAUCAGAAGAGCUUGUCUUCAGAGAAAAUUUCAUCCUGUUUUAUUGGGAACUGCUUUGAAGAACAAAGGUGUUCAGCCAUUACUAGAUGCUAUUGUUUCCUAUUUACCAAAUCCUUCUGAAGUAGAAAAUGUUGCAUAUACUGAAGUAGAAAAUGAGGCUGUGAGAUUAGUAAUGGAUCCAACAAGAAAUAAUUCUAAAACAGGUGUUUGUUUGGCUUUUAAGUUAGAAGCUGGAAAAUUUGGUCAGUUAACUUAUUUACGUGUGUAUCAAGGAAUGAUAAAAAGGGGAGAUUGGAUAUUUAAUACACGAACUGGUAAAAGAUUAAAAGUAUCUCGACUUGUGAGAAUGCAUGCAGAUGAGAUGGAAGAUAUUGAAGAAUCCUAUGCUGGAGAUAUAUGUGCUUUGUUUGGGGUUGAUUGUGCUACUGGUGAUACAUUUGUAACAGAGAAAAAUUUAAAAUUAUCUAUGGUGAAUGUUAAUCUUGGAACCCUGUUCGUUCCUGAACCUGUGAUAUCAAUGUCUAUCAAACCCAAAGAUAAACUUAAUGUAGAUGCUUUUGCAAAAGCUAUAGGCAGAUAUACUAGAGAAGAUCCUACCUAUCGAAUACACUAUGAUCAUGACAUUAAGGAGGUUAAUAUAUUUUAUUNAUAUCGUAACUUGCAAUUACACAUUGUACAAAUGGAAAGAGAAUAUAAUUGUGCUGUGAUUUUAGGAAAGCCGAAAGUUGCUUUUAGGGAGAGUUUAUUGAAAGCAUGUGAAUUUGAUUAUUUACAUAAGAAACAACAUGGUGGUGCUGGACAGUAUGGUAGAGUGAUUGGAAUUAUGGAGCCUCUUCCACCUGAUCAGAAUACUCAAUUGAUUUUUUCUGAUGAGACAGUAGGACCAAAUGUUCCAAAACAAUUUAUACCUGCAAUUGAAAAGUCAUUCAGAUCUUGCUGUGAGAAAGGAUUGCUAUCUGGUCAUAAAAUUGCUGGUGUUAAAUUUCGUCUGACAGAUGGAGAUCAUCAUAUAGUAGAUUCCAAUGAUUUAUCAUUUUCACUUGCAGUUCAAGGAGCAAUUAAACAAGUUUAUGAAUACGGUUCUUGGCAUAUCUUAGAACCAAUUAUGUCUGUAGAAAUUACAGUUCCAGAAGAAUUUCAUGGUGAAGUAAUGACACAUAUGUCUAGACGUCACGGAAUUAUAGUUGGUACAGAUGCCAAUGAGGGCUGGUCUAUUAUCAGGGUAGAGGUACCACUUAACAAAAUGUUUGGAUAUUCUACCGACUUACGAUCUUCGAGUGAGGGAAAGGGAGAAUUUACCAUGGAGUAUUGUCGUUAUUCACCUGCUCUACCAGAUGUACAGCAGGAAUUGAUAGAUCAGUUUCAACAAGAAUGUCAACUUCAAAUUAGUAAAAAGAAUUAAUUUUGUAUUCACUUAUUAUUAGGAUUAAUAUUAACUGUAAAUAAUGUAUAUUUUUAAAUAAA